AUUGGUAAACUUGUUGUAAAAUGAAAAUUCCUUGAGCCUAAAGUCUCUGGUAUUUGACCAAAACUAGAAAACGAGAAUAAAAUUACCCACAACAUACUCCACAGUUCGCCUCUCGGCCCUUCCCAGAAUCACGCGUCGCCAACCUGCCGCCUCUUUGCUUUUAACUCUAUUCUCCAACACUCCCACCGCCCACGGCGGCUUCUCCGAUUUAUUUCAUCGGAGAUUGCUCAAAAUGGUACUAGUUCUCGCUCCUUGAUUGAAUGCACACAAGAUUCUUCUAUUCUGCUUCGGCAUUUGAGUAUCUGCGGAAACCUGGACAUGGGUACUCGGAAGGUUUUGUGGGGUUUCGCCAAUAAGUUCUUUACGGUUGGGGCAGUGGGUCUCUGUAUUUCAGAUCGUUUUGUGAGUGUUGCUCCGGUGCGGGGUUCCUCUAUGGCUCCUACAUUGAAUCCUGGAAAGACCAAGUUAUUGGGGAUGUCAACUGAUGACUAUGUUUUGUUGGAGAAAACGUGUCUUAACGAUUACAAGUUUUCGCAUGGUGAUAUUGUAGUCUUCAGCUCACCAAGUAAUCACAAGGAGCGUCAUAUUAAGAGAAUAACCGCCUUACCUGGUGAUUGGAUUGGAAUUCGUAAGUCCUACGAUAUGCUGAAAGUUCCGGAGGGACAUUGCUGGGUUGAGGGAGACAAUUCAUCUUCUAGCAUGGAUUCAAGGUCUUUUGGCACAAUUCCACUGGGUUUAGUUCAAGGAAGGGUGACCCACAUCGUGUGGCCUCCUCAGAGAAUAGGUGCUAUUCAGAGAAAUACGCUGCAGGACAAUUGAUCCUCUAUAGUUGCAAAUCGCUCUCGCCGACAAUUUUUUCGCGAGAUAACAUUUCUUCUUCCAGAUUCCUCUUGUUUUCACCCUAAUGCAUUCUUGAUUGCACUGUUGCUUGUCAACAGUAUUCAAAUAAUGCCCGCUGCAAGUUCUUGAUCAGGCAUAAAAUCAAACACAGAUGUCCAAGAUGAUCAACAGUUCGUCUUAGUUUUCAUUUUGGUUCUAUAUCUAGCUGUUUAGUAUUGACUAUUGUCUAUUGAUCAUCAAGCCCACAAAAAUAUGUAGUGUUAGACCAUAGAUGCGAGGAUAUUCAACUAGUGAUUUGAGAUAUUGAUUCCCAACUCAUUGUUUCCGUCAAACCGUUUUCUUAAUGAGGUCAUUUACAGGUUGUUUAAA